ACCAAACCAAAAUGGAGAGAUUAAAGAGUGACCAAGUUCAAACCAAACAAAAUGACACAUACAAACUAGCUUAUAUGAUCCAUUUCUUGCUUGGUGCAGGCAAUUUGCUUCCAUGGAAUACCUUGAUCUCAGCUAUCGAUUAUUUCGGCUAUCUUUACCCCGAUAAACACAUGGAGAAAGUGUUUUCUGUAGCGUACAUGAGUUCAUCACUACUAGUUCUAGUUAUGAUGAUAAGUUGGAGUAGUUUUAGCACAAAAGUUAGCUUUAGAAUGAGGAUGAACAUUGGAUUCAUCAUGUUUGUUAUAUGUUUGAUGGUAACUCCAACCAUUGAUUGGAGCGGGGCUCGGCAUAGCAGCAUGUUCUAUGUUGUGGUUGCAACCGUUGUGAUAUGCGGUUUAGCCGAUGGGUUGAUUGGAGGAAGUCUAAUAGGGUCAGCAGGAAAGUUGCCAAACCAGUACAUGCAAGCAGUUUUUGCUGGAACUGCUUCAUCAGGGAUACUGGUUUCUCUCUUGAGAAUCAUAACAAAAGCAUCACUCCCACAUGAUCCACAAGGCUUAAGAACAAGUGCCCACUUAUAUUUCAUGGUCAGCACAGUCAUUCUAAUGGUAUGUAUUGUUUGUUGUACUCUAUUGUAUAAGUUACCAGUCAUGCAACAACAUUACAAACAACUACAACAAGAUCAUCCAGCUUCAAAUCCUAAACUAUGGUAUGUAGCAAGAACCAUUCAAUGGCCAGCACUAGGAAUAUUCAUCACAUAUACCAUAACACUUUCGAUUUUCCCGGGAUUUUUAGCAGAAAAUCUAGAGUCUAAAAUACUUAAAGAUUGGUACCCGAUAAUGUUGAUCGCCACGUAUAAUAUCGCGGACUUUUUUGGGAAAUCGUUUACGGUGAUUUAUAUGUCAAAGAGUGUUGCUAAGGCUACAUGGGGUUGUGUAGCAAGGUUGGUGUUUUAUCCUGUAUUUACAGCUUGUCUUCAUGGACCUAAAUGGUUUAGAAGUGAAGGGUUUGUAGUGUUUUUGACAUUUAUGUUGGGGUUCACUAAUGGGUAUGUGACAAGUGUCAUCAUGAUUCUUGCACCAAAAUCAGUGCCAACUUCUGAAGCAGAAACAGCUGCAAUUGUAAUGGCUUUGUGUUUAGGGAUUGGAUUGGUUUCAGGUUCUGUUCUUGGAUGGUUUUGGAUCAUCUAGUUUAAUAUAUGUUUUUCUAAGUUAAUCUAGUUUAA